GGGUGCAGCUGUCCCACAGUCAUUGUGAACGUGCUGAUUUCCACCAGCGAGCUCAGUCCUGCAACAAUGAAAGGGAGGAUUUCUGUUAUCCACGUUUAGAGAAGCAAAGCAAGAUCUAAUGGAGUCCAGCAGUGAAGACGGAGAGAUCCAUACUGUCCAUAGUGCCUUACAUUAUGAUGCAGCACAGUACAGAGUGAGCUAUGCCCAGGGGAGAAACACAAAAGAGGUGGAUUAUGAUAAACAUGACGAGUUCUACAAAAAGAGGUAUUCAACUGGUCGCUCUGGCGUCAAUCCAGGAAGAGUGAAGCGGGUCGUGUCGUGUAAAAGGAAGACCUAUCAUGUGACUGUGGUUCGGAGGAAGCAGCUCGGGUGUGGGAAGCCUUGUGAUGCAGCAAACAAGGAAAAUGACCUGAAAUGUUUACAGGACAAACAGCAGGAACCAUUUACAGAUCCAUUUGAAUCCUCACUAAAUGUCAAUAACACGACUGACAGAACUGGUUCUGAACAGACUGACUACUGUAUCCUCAAGGAGCUCACAAAGGAUCAUAACGCCAUGACUGAUGUGCUGUUUGGAAGGAAUCUAAGACUGAAGGUGGCCUUAACACUCUGGAGGAGAAAUGUGGGAGAGCUGUUGACAUAUUUUCUGAAAAUCCAAGACAGCAGUGUGAUUGUUGAUUUUCUUCCUGUGAUAUGCACAUGCAUUGAUAAGAACUCACCAUGGAUAACCAUCGGCUGUUGCGUUGACCUUUUUCCUUUGGUAAAGAAAGUCCUCAGCACUCCUUAUGAAGAGUACCUUAAUAAUGGUUUGAAGUGGAUACAUUCAGUUUUAAAAAGAUGGUGGGAGGAGCUACUAGCAAGCGGCUACAGUGGAUCCAGUCGGCCUCCGUUAAAUGAAAGUUUCCAGGUUUUUAAUCAGCAGUUAUGGGAAUUAUGGCAUCAAGACUCUAUCUUGAAAUCUGUUCCAGAAGCUGCAGCGCACAUGACCAAGGUUAUUGAUUCCUUCCUGUUUCAACUCAAUUGACAGAAGUGAGGAUCCAGAUGACAUCUUUCUUUGUCAACAACUUAGCCUACCUGUAAAAGAGUCCUCAGUAGAAACCCUGGACCAAAGCUGCUAUUCUUUCAAUAAAGGCCUUUUCGAGAGUACUGUCACCGUGAUGUCCUGCAUCAAUGGGCUUUCACACAACUCCAGCAGUUAAGACACACAGAAUGUACAGUAUAAUGUGGGAAGUUUAGGAGACCGAACGACAGCGGCAGGAUAGCGCCGACGUCACAGAAACAUAAUCAUUGAACACAAACUGACUGAAAUGAUGUGAUAUGUUUUUGUGUGAUGAUAUUGUUGGUGUUGGUUGUUGGUUCCAUCUGUUCAUUUUCAGCACUCCAUUUUUAACAAUAAAAAAUAAAAAAUGCUGUGA